CGCUCUGAUGGGAAAACCAGCACCCAUGGAGCGGAUGCUGUACAUGUGUUCACUUUACUCGGUGUCCCAAGUCCUGUGAGAAAGCCCCUCUAAUCUGACUUUGCAACUAAAAAACAAGCGACCUGCCCGACUUUUUCAACUGUUCCACUUCGCAUUCCAAGGAUCAAAUGUGGCUUCAGACUCACCUCCCCCCAUCCUUUUCAAACAGUCAAAAGUGCCCAGCGUCAAAGAGAACUCAUACAUUGGCCUUCUCAUCCCGUGCAUCUCUCCCAGUUACUCCUCUCAACUCCGCACAGGGUUACAUGUGUGCAUACAGGCUCCCCACUGUCUGCUGUGUGUCUGGGAACCCAGAAGAGACUCGCCCCAAAACAGGAUUAAACCUAGUCUACUCCUUUGCAUCUCAGCGAUCCCUACGGGCCACACUUUCUCCGGAGAACAUGAGCCAUCAAUCACUAGGAACUCAGUUGGCAUUUUCCUGAGACUGUCGCUUUCUCCGGAACCUUUCUGCCCAGCCUCCGCCGAGCACUUUUUGUUGGAACACACGGAACCGGAAGUUGGAGGAGGAACACAGGCGUGGGAAAGAGCCUGGCGAUGUCUUGGAGGACAAACCUUGCUUGCAUUAUCAAGGCCGGAGGGAGGAGAUGGUUUCCAGUCCCAGAGUACUCAUCCCUGCCUCCAGUCCUAAAUAACACCUGCUCUGUGAGAAAAUCCACUGCACCUGAGAAACUUGUUGCCAGCGUUGCUGCUUGUGAUACAAAUGGAAAGGAACCCGGGAAUGCAUUGGACAGGCUCUUCUCCCUGGAGCAGCAGGCUUCUAUCUUACAAGUGUUGAAUACAGCUUCUGAUAAAGAACUGGAAGCUUUCAGGUUGCUUCGAGGAAGAAAGUCUGUCAAUAUUGUAGAACACAGAAAGAAGUUUGGGCCGUUUCAGAGGUUGGAGAAUUUGAUAGACGUGCCCUUGAUCCAAUAUAAAACUGCUGUUGAAGUUUGUAACUCCAUUCUCUGUCCGGAGAACAGACGGAAGAAAAAGUCACAGGAGAAGUGGCUGCUGAGAAAGUUCAUCAAGCCAGGUGUAGAGCAAGAGAGACUUAAGGCAGUUAAGAGUAUCGUAUCUAUUGUUUUUGGUACUCGAAGAAUUGCAUGGGCUCACCUUGACCGGAAACCAACUGUGCUGGACUGGCAGCAGACUGAGUGCUGGAAAUUAACUAACAAAACAUACCCAACGUCCUUUUAUCUGGAAGAGAUUUCUUCAGUCAUCUCAAAGAUACCUAAAGCAGAUCUCUACAUUUUGGAAAAAUCAGGACUUUCCAUUCAGAACACAUCUCUGCUUCCUAUACUGUUACACUUUCUUAUCACAGAAGCCAUGCUGUAUGCCUUACUCAACAAAACUUUUGCUGAGGAUGGCCAGCACCGAGUGCUGAGCAUAAAUCGAAAUGCUGUGGGCAAGCACUUUGACCUGAUGAUCGGCGACACGAGGACGAGUGGGAGGGAGCUAGUGAAGCAGUUCCUCUCUGAGUCUGUGCUGAAGAAGCAGCCUCGGGUGUUCUUCCCACAGGACCUCGUAGUGCAGUACAGACAGAAGGCUGUCAAGAGCUCAUACCGGAUUGAAGAGUUGUAUGACUCCUUAUUACAAGCUGUUGCUUUUUACGAGUUAGUCUUUGGCAAAGACUCAGAGCUCAAAUGUUAAUGCACUCACUUUAGUGUUACACUUAUUUAUUAAAGCAGUGGUUCCCAUCUUCCAUGUUAGUGGAAAACAUUUUGAAUAUAUUUUCCAUGUUUAUAAAAUCUGAUUUUUGGCUUAAAAAAAAUGAGCCAAGACCAAAUCAAUAAAUAUUUUGUGAGAU